AUGUCGGGAUUAGUAGGAGAGACGCAGAGUGCUUUUGUGAAGGGGAGGAAGAUUCAUGAUGGGGCCCUAAUAGUGUAUGAAACAGUCCACUGGCUUAAGAGGAGAAAUAAGGAGGAUAUGGUGUUGCAGAAGAUGGGGUUUGGGUGCAGGUGGAGGGCUUGGGUUAUGGAGUGUGUGACCACGACCUCUAUUUCGGUAUUGAUUAAUGGCUCGCCUUCUAAAUCGUUCAAGAUGGAAAGGGGCUUAAGACAAGGUGACCCGCUCUCUCCCUUCUUGUUUGUGCUGGUUGUGGAUGUUCUGCAUAGGAUGGUUGGUCAGGCAGUUAGGAACGAGUGUAUUUCUCCCUUAGUGGUUGGUAGAGACGGGGUGAAGUUAUCCCAUCUUCAGUUUGCUGAUGACACUAUUCUAUUUUGCCCACCAGAAGAUGAGACCAUGAAGAACUACAAGCGGUUGCUGAGCUUGUGGGGUUGUAAGGAAGGUACCCUCCCAGUUAAAUACCUUGGAGUGCCCCUAGGAGCUAACCCAAAGUUGGUAAAGACCUGGAAGCCUAUAAUUGACAAAGUGGAAGAGAAACUAAGCCUCUGGAAAGCGAAGGUGCUUAACAAAGCUGGAAAGUUGGUGCUUAUCAAAUCAGUGUUAAAUAGCUUGCCGGUGUAUUACUUGAGCUUGUAUAAGAUGCCAAAGGCAGUUGCUGAGAAAUUGAUAUCCUUGCAGAGAAAGUUUCUAUGGAACAAGGAGGAUGGGAGGAAUGGUAUGGCGUUAGUAAGAUGGGAGCUGGUGCAGGCCCCAAAGAAGUUAGGUGGGUUGGGAGUUGAUGAUGCUAUGGUUCGGAACUUUGCACUUUUGUUUAAGUGGUGGUGGCGUUUUGCGAAGGAAGAGUGCCUAUUGUGGAAAAAAGUGGUCUGUUCUUGUAAUAAUCUGAAGCCGACUGAGUUACUGUCUACUCAAGUGUUACCUACCAGAGGAGGCCCUUGGAAGGAUAUAUGCCAGUUACAGCUGAAAGAUCAACAUAUAAGGGAUAAGAUGAUUACAGGUCUGUCCAUGGAGAUUGGUGAUGGUCGUCGGACGCGUUUUUGGGAGGAUAUAUGGUUACAUUGUGGAUCCUUGAAGGAUCGAUUCCCCCGACUCUUCUCUGUUUCAAACCUGUGUGGUUCGACUAUUGGGGAUUGUGGGUUUUGGGAUGGGUUAGAGUGGGUUUGGAACUUCUUUUGGAGGCGAGAGCUCUUUCAGUGGGAGUUGGAUCUUCUGGGUCAGUUGCAUGAGACUUUGAGGCCGGUGUUACAAGAAGGCAUGCUCUCAGAGGAUAUAACCAGUUACAGUUUCACCAAGACCAUUUGGAAAGGUGUGGAAUGCUUGGAUAUCUGUGUUUGGCCGUCUAUGGUCCAUUCCGGGAUUGAUGAAGGAACACUUUCUAAGUUGGAUAGAAGAGCCCGUAGGAAUGAGGAUCGAAAGCAGCGGUUGAGGUGCUUCUGUGCGGUCAUCUGGAACAUUUGGAUGGAAAUGAAUAAGAGGAUAUUUCAGAAUAAAAGCAAAGGUGUAGAAAAAAUCAUCAAUUUGCCUGUGCUCAGCUAUAAGGAGUGGGAAGGCGCACUCUCUUCGUGUUGUUGA